CAAGGUAUCACAAUUUAAAUAUCUGGGGUCCAUGAUAUCAUCGGAUGCCAAUAUUGAUGCUGACGUUACACAUCGAAUCAAUGUGGCUUGGCAGAAAUGGAGGAGUCUGACGGGAGUAUUAUGUGAUCCAAAGAUGCCAAUAAAGACCAAAGGAAAAGUCUACAAGACCGCAGUUAGACCAGCUCUAAUGUAUGGCUCUGAGUGCUGGGCAAUCAAAAAAGCUCAAGAGCAAAGAGUUCAUGUAAAUGAAAUGAAAAUGCUUAGAUGGGCGGCCGGCGUAACUAGACUUGAUAAAGUGCGCAAUGAGUACAUCAGAGGAAGUUUCAAGGUCGCUCCCAUCUCAGAGAAACUCACUGAACAGCGUCUAAGAUGGUAUGGACACGUAAUGAGGCGUGAAGAAAACCACGUAGUAAGGAGGGCACUAAACUUGCCAAAUAGAAGACGGGGUCUGGGACGUCCCCCCGCCACCUGGUGGUCUACCAUAUCAAAAGACAUGGAGAGAGCCCAAUUGAAUAAACAGACAACCCAGGAUAGACCAUCCUGGCGCAUGAGAACGAGGAGAGCCGACCCCAAAUAAAGGGAUAAGGCAAAGGAAGAAGAAGAAGAAGAAGAU